UUCUAUCAGUUCGUUGACAUUGAAUCGGUUAUAACUGGCUCCAACCGCGUCGAUCCGGUUCAAGGCAGUUACGUCAUUGUAACUUUCCGACGCCAUCUUGUAUAUGCGCGAAUAAAUUGAGACAAACGUACAAAGAGUUGUUUGAAUCGUUACAUUAUGAAGGCAAACUAUAGGUGAACCAUUUCAAUCCACAUUAUUUUUCGAUAAAGAAACAAUUAAAAACCAGUGCAAAAACAAUGUGAAAAAUGUCGUUUUUAAAAAGUCUAAAAGAAAAUAAGAGUGUGUUAAGUCUGUACUCUAUGGUGUCAUCUAGUGACCUGACACCAGGCAGCUUGGAGGUGUGGCAGGAUCUACCAGAUUCCAUUAAAUACGAUCCAGCACUUGCGCCGUUUAAGCAGCUAUACGAACAAAGAUAUGGUGAGCCACUAUCUCCAGAGAUUGUAUCGCCUGAGGAAAAUGGGAAUUUAGUCAUUAAAAAAGCGGACACUGUCUUAGCAUUUGAGAAAAAUGAUAACAAAGAAAAUAGAAAAUCCUCAAAAAAAGAAAAAUUAUCGUCACGCAGGAAACAGAUUGAAAAAUUGCUAAGGUUCGCUAAACUAACAUUAUUAGUAGCGGGCUGGGUGGUGCUCACAGUAGCGUUGCUACUUAACAGAGAGAAAACUGAUGUUCUACUCCACACGGCUGUCAGUGGUGGUGAAGUCAAAGAAUACGAACUAAACACUUCAAAAGAAGCCUUCAGUACGCUAAUUACUUUAACGGGCCCUUUUGGAGGUCACAACACCUCAAAACAAUUAACGAUAUGGUUGCGCAGGAGUUACGAAAAUGGCGAUGCGCUGGAAUCCUUAAAAUGGAAAAUAAACCUGCAACCAGAUAACGUCAUAGACUUUUCGCCAAGUGCCUCCGAAUCCAAAAUACUCACUCUAGAAAAUAGGGGGCGUAAUAGGAAAGAGAACAGCACAGAAGAUGAAGAUUUUCGAAAUGGAACAGUGACGCUCCGCAUGUCAACGAACGGCAAUAAGACGGUGCCUCUCACUCUCACAUACCAGCUGGAUCCUUUGUCAGAGGAAGAUGGAAUUAUAUAUGCGGCUUUUCUUUUGUUGACGCUUUAUGUUUUAAUUAUUUUUGAGAUAGUCAAUCGAACAAUCGCCGCGCUUCUAUCGUCAUCCCUAGGGAUUGCAGUUCUGGCCAUCAAUGGCACCAGACCGACACUCCCGGAGCUGAUCUCGUGGCUGGAUUCGGAGACGCUGCUGCUGCUCUUCAGUAUGAUGAUUUUAGUUGCGAUACUUGCGGAGACGGGACUGUUUGAUUACCUUGCAGUUGUUGCUUUUGAGGUCACCGGAGGAAGGACCUGGCCCCUGAUCAACUGCCUCUGCUUCUUUACAGCUUUCUUCUCCACGUUCCUGGACAACGUCACAACUGUUUUAUUGAUGACACCGGUAACAAUUAGAUUAUGCGAAGUGAUGCAGCUGAACCCAGUUCCCGUUCUGAUGUCAAUGGUGAUCUUCAGUAACGUGGGAGGGGCUGCCACUCCCGUGGGGGACCCGCCCAAUGUCAUCAUCGCCAGUCAUCCAUCCAUAUUGAAUGCGAAUAUAAACUUCACAAACUUCACACUUCACAUGGGCCUCGGAAUAUUGUUUGUGAGCGUACAGACAUACUUUCAACUCAGAUUUAUAUUUAGAGAUAUCAAUUCAUUAAGACACGCUGUACCAAGGCAAAUUGUUGAACUCCGCCAAGAGCUGGCCGUUUGGAAGCGUGCGUCGGCGUCCCUCAGUCCCUACUCAAGAGACGAGGACAUUGUCAAGCGAGCUCUGGAAAAAAAGGUACAGAGACUAAACGCUCUGUUGCUGAAAAAAGAGAGCGGAAGUGGUACGAACAAGAACGACCCACUCUUCUGUUCCACUCUUGCGCAGAUGAAGGAAAAGUACUGUAUCCGGGACAAGCCACUGCUCAUAAAAGCCUCCAUUUGCGUCACCUUCGUCGUGGUGGUCUUCUUCCUACACGCGAUACCACAGCUGCAAAAUCUCUCUCUCGGUUGGACAGCAUUAUUAGGCGCUAUUCUCUUACUCUUACUAGCAGAGAGGGAAGACUUGGAGCCGAUUUUGGCACGAGUUGAGUGGUCGACUCUACUCUUUUUUGCUGCUUUAUUUGUUUUAAUGGAGGUCCUGUCGAAGUUAGGGCUCAUAGCGUGGAUUGGCAGACUGACAGAAAACCUCAUUUUGCAAGUUGGUGAAGAAUCAAGACUUGCUGUGGCCAUUAUGCUGAUCUUAUGGGUGUCAGGCCUGGCUUCAGCAUUCGUGGACAAUAUACCACUGAGUACCAUGAUGGUACGAGUAACGGCAGCCUUGUCUGAUCCCACUGGCUUGGCGUUACCACUCCAGCCACUAGCGUGGGCUUUGAGUUUUGGCGCUUGUUUGGGUGGUAACGGAACCCUUAUUGGCGCCAGCGCAAAUGUCGUCUGCGCAGGAGUUGCAGAACAACACGGGUACAGAUUCACAUUUAUGCAGUAUUUGAAGAUUGGUUUUCCUAUUAUGAUCGGAAAUCUUAUUGUGGCGUCGAUUUAUCUAUUGUUCUGUCAUGUUUUGUUUACGUGGCAUUAAUUAUAUCUAAUUACAGAAAUAUUUAUUUCUGUAAAAACGUCGUCAAUUUGUAAAUCCUUCGUUUUUUAAUGUAGGUUAAAAUGUGAUAUAUAAAAGACAACAUAUAAAUAAUUCUAGAUAAGUAAACGGUAUUUUAUCAAAAUCAGUGAGAUCAAGUGCCUUAAGUAUAUUUAAUAUACAUAUACCUCUUCGUCCACAACAUAUAUUAAAUUAUUAUGUAUUUGAUGUUUCGAAAGAAUUAUUGUUUGUUAUCGUAUUCAUUGUAUAGCCGAAGAAUCGAGAUAUUUUUUAUCAUCAUUUUUCGCGAAUAAGGAAGAUAAACCACUUGAAAUUCAUCAAUUAAUCGUAUGCAACCAUGACAACAACUAAUAAGUGGUCUCAGAGUGAUCAAUUAAACUAUAUCUAAAGAAUAAUGCCUUAAAGUUAAACAAUUUCAGAGAAUGGGACAUUUUAACAAAUAUAAGAGAAUGAGGCAGUUUAACAAAUGUAAAAAAGGGACAGUCUAAAAAAUGACAGAGAAUGAGGCAGUUUAACAAAUGUAAAAGAAUGGGGCAGUUUAACAAAUGUAAGAGAAUGGGGCAGUUUAACAAAAUUGUAUCUAUAGUAAACUUUUACCUCUAGGGCUUCAUGCAUAGACUUCAUAGUCAGCUCAUGGCUCGCCUGGUGUAAAACGUAGCAGUAUUAUUAUAUUAUGUAAAUACCAAACAAUUAUAUUCUUCAUAUUGAUUUUCUCUUUAUCAUUUUUGUGUUAAAGCGGUCAAUCCCGCCUUCACACUUAUUUAUGAAUAUAAAAGUAAAUUUAGCCUAUGUUACUUUGAAUUAUUACAAUGGUGACAAAUUAAAAAAAGUAGUUUUUGAAUGAAGACAAUUUUAAAAUUAAAAAUCAUUGCAAACAAAAAUAUAUUUAUAAUUAGUAUACGUUCUAAAUCAAGUCUUCAAAGUGAAUGUUUUCGUUCAAUUCAAUUAUUAGAUAAAUUAAAAGCAUUUAGAAUUUUAAUUAAUGUUAAUCAUGUAAUUUUGUUAUUAAAUUGAGCACGUUUUGUUGAUAUAGGUUGUAGGUUAUAUCGUGAUAGUUGCAUUGUAUUUCUGUCGUAAAACUAUCUGCCAAUCAAUACCCUUGAAAAGCUUUUUGGAGUAAAUUCCUGCGAAAUGUGAUAAAAUAUGUACAGAAUGAGACUGCAUUUGGGAUUUUCUCUAUAUUGUCGUAAUAAGAACGAGUCGUAGAUUGAUAAAAUCCAUGAAAGGCUGUCAAAUUCACAUUAAAAGGUCUACGUGGUUGCUAAUUGAAAUGUUAUUUUACACAAUUUUUUAUAUAAAUGAUCGUAAUUUCCACUUCAAAACUUAUUACUAAAAUUCGACCCCUAUUUUUAUUUUGUUAAAUAAUUUUUUUUCGAAUGGGAUCUAUUAUUAUAACAAGGUACGUUAUUAACAUAAUUUUAUAGAUAGACUAGAAUAUAUAGUAUAGUAGUAUAGUAUACUUUCUAAGCACCGAUUAUCUAAUUUGUAAUAUUAGCAUGGAUCGGCCUUUAGAAAACAAUUUUAUAAUUUACAUUGCGAAAUGCUUUGAAAGCUACCGUGCAUGUUACGUCCAAUAUUAUUUAGAUAUCCCCAGCUCAGUGGUAAGCCUUAAACAACAGCAGUUUUAAUUAAAAAAUAUAUACAUAUAUUUAGUCUUAUAUUGUAUAGAUAUUGUUAUAUGCAAUGAAAAAUAAACUCAUUACUUUAGAAAGAUGACCUCUACCACUGAGCGGCGACUAAUGACUUACCAUAAUUUUAUAUUAAUGUACUUAUUGAAAUUAGGCUUU